AUGAUCAACACUGUUGUUGAUCAAAGUUUCAGAGCAGUAAGAUUUGGUGCCCCAAACAGAGAUCCGAAGCCAUGGGUGACUGUCCUCACUGUGCUGUCCUUGAUGGUGGUGGUAGUGACCACUGGACUUCUCACUCACUCCUUAGUCUCUGGCCAGAAAGUGGAAUACUAUCAUGGAACUUUUAUAAUUUCAGGUACUCAAGUCAAUUGCAGUUCUGGAGGAAAGAGUUUAUAUCAGUUUAAAGACUUAAGGGAGACGAAUGAAAAUUUGGUGGACGAACUCUUUAUAGAUUCAGGCUUGAACAAGCACUACAUCAAGAACCACAUACCCAGACUGACGCCAGAAGAAGAUGCUGUGAAAGCAGAUAUCGAUAUGGUCCUCCAGCUCCCCUCCACUGAGCAAAGGGCUGUGAGAGAGAAGAAAAUCCACAGCAUCUUAAAUUGGAAGAUAAGGAAUACACGAGCCUUGCCAGCCAACGUGUCCUUGGUUGAAGUCGGUUGUGGCAAACGAGCUGUCCCAUUUAUUGCCAACAGAAUAGUGUUUGGAAACCUUGCAGCCAAGGGUGCCUGGCCUUGGCAAGUUUCCCUUCAGCGCAGCAACAUCCAUCUCUGUGGGGCCACCUUGAUUGGUAGCACAUGGGUCGUCACUGCAGCACACUGUUUUAGAACUAAUUCAAACCCACGUCAAUGGACCCUUACUUUUGGAACAACAAUAAACCCUCCCUUAAUGAAAAGAAAUGUCAGAAGAAUUAUCAUCCAUGAGCGGUAUCGCCCCCCAGCAAGAGAUCAUGACAUUGCUGUUGUGCAGUUCUCUCCCAAAGUCACCUUUUCAGAUGACAUUCGCUGGAUUUGUUUGCCAGAAGCCUCUGCAUCCUUCCGACCAAAUUCAACAGUCUACAUUACAGGAUUUGGAGCACUUUACUAUGGAGGAGAAUCUCAAAAUGAGCUCCGAGAAGCCAGGGUGCAGAUCAUAAGCAACAGCAUCUGCAAGCAACAAUAUGUGUAUGGGAAUGAAAUAAAACGUGGGAUGUUCUGUGCUGGCUAUCUGGAAGGAACUUACGAUGCUUGCAGGGGUGAUUCUGGGGGGCCAUUAGUUAUAAAAGAUAACAAAGAUACCUGGUAUCUCAUUGGAAUCGUGAGCUGGGGAGAUAACUGUGGUCAAAAGAACAAACCUGGAGUUUACACACAGGUGACUUAUUACCGACGCUGGAUUGCUUCAAAAACAGGCCUCUAA